CAAAGUUUAAGGUUGCCGGACGAUCCAUUUAACACAGAGGCGUAUGGCACAUCCUUAUCAGGUGGCGAUCCGUGUCCUCUGGGAGAAAAAGAACAUCAAGAAGGCCAUCGACUACCCUCGCAUCCACACGGACUUGCUUAGCGGGACCAUCUUCUACGAGCCGUCCAUGCCAGAAAAAAUGAUGCAGAAGCUUCAACAGAAGAACCACACCCUGGUAAAGGAGAGCGGGGAGCUGGGCAUGUUGGACCGCUACUCUUUCGUCACCGGCCUCACGCACGUCGAUGGCCUCAUCGAGACCAACUACGACUACCGCAGCAAGGUUGGCGGCUCGGACGGCGAUUCGCCCGGCAACCUGACCGCCCACUGCCCACCCCCGGGAACUGGGUGCACUUCUGCGCCGUUCCCUUAG